AUGGAAAGGAUUCUCAACUCCAAUGGCUGGGCACAAUAUUUUGUACGGGAAUAUAUAAUCAAGGAGCUAAAAUACACCGGUACUUGCACUUGUAGUCAAAUCUGGACGACAUUAAUAACCAACACCGAUUACCUUCCCGGCCUCCUAACCCUCGACUACUCCCUAAAAAAGCACAAAUCUUCGUACCCGCUCGUGGCCCUCUACACCGAUGCCUUCCCCCCUGAAGGCCACGUGGCCCUCGAAGCCCGCGGCAUCCCGAAACAGCGGGUAGAAUAUCUCCUCCCCAGCGCAGGGAAAGAUUACUCCGAGGACCCACGCUUCUACGACUGCUGGUCGAAACUUACGCCCUUCAGCCUCGAGGAGUACGAUCGCGUGGUGCAGCUGGAUAGCGACAUGUUGGUGAUGAAGAACAUGGACGAGCUGAUGGAGUUAGACCUUGAUCCACCGAGUUUGGGAGGGAGGGGGAAGAAGGUGUUUGCGGCGGGCCACGCGUGUGUCUGUAACCCCUUGAAGAAGCCGCAUUACCCCAAGAAUUGGAUCCCGGAAAACUGCGCAUUCACCACCCAACACUCAAUGCGAGAACUCGCGCAAUAUACCGCUCCCGCCACCACCGCCAGCCCCCUAGGCUUCAUGAACGGCGGUCUCCAAGUAGUGAACCCAUCCAAGGAAAUAUACAACCUAAUCCUCGCACACAUGGAAUCUGACGCAGUCAUUAACAUGGAUUUCGCCGACCAAUCUUUGCUCUCGGACCUGUUCAAGGACCGGUGGGUGCCGCUCCCAUACAUAUAUAAUGCGUUGAAGACGUUGAGGUGGGAGAGUGUGCAUGCCGAUAUUUGGGACGAUGAGAGCGUGAAGAAUGUGCAUUAUAUUUUGGCGCCGAAGCCGUGGGAUGAUGUGGAUGGCGAAGGGAAGAAUAUACCGAGUGAUCCCACGCGUGCGUGGUGGGUCAAGGCGAAUCAGGAGAGGUUGGCGCUAGAGAAGGAGAAGGGUAUUCUGAUUGAUGAGUUUUGA